AUGGCGACGCUGCGGCGGAGCGUGCGGGAAAGCGCGAGGAAGAAGCAGGAGCAGCAGACGAAGGUCAAGCUGGAGGAUGGGGAAGAGGAGGAGGAGGGAGAGGGUCAGCGCUGGAGCGAUGACGAGGAGUCGUUGGAGGAGGAAGAGGAAGAGGACGACUUUGACUCGGACAGAGAUGAAUGGAAGCCGGAGAAGCGGAGGAGAAAAGCAGGUCGAGGCAGAGCUCGGGAAGAAGACGGCGAAGACGAGGAGGAAGAAGAUGAUGAUGUGGGCAUGGAAGACGAAGGAGAGGAGGAUGUGCUGCGCGAAUUGGAAGACGUGGUGGGGUCGACCAAGAAGCGGAAGCGACCGACGACAGCAACAAAAGUGAAGAAAAUCAAAGUUAAGAUCGGCGGGAAACCAGCAGAGCAAAGAGCCGCAAGAGACGAGGACGAGGACGAGGAAGUGAUGCGCCAGGCCGAGGAGGCGUACGCGGCGCAGCAGGAGGCCGAGGAGCAGGAGGAGGCACGGGAGGAAGCCAAGCGACUGUGGGACGAGGCAAGGGCCAGAAAGGCAGCCAGAGAAAAUCCUUCUGACGGUUCAACGGCGGCGGCAGUGUCUGCUUCUCCCAAGCCAGCAGACGCCGGUGCUGCCAGGGCUGCGCCGGAGAAGAGGUCCCUCGACUCGUGGCUUGGCGUCGAAGCGCCCGCGUGGCCCACGACGACGCCAGAGGCCAUGGUCAACGAUCGAGACUCACUCUUUGUCGGCUAUGUGUAUGCGCUCGAGUCGUCGUCUGCGAGCCAGCUGUCGAGGCUGCUGUCGCACCUGGCGCGCACGGUGCAUCCACAGAGCAUCCCCACGGAGCGCCUUCCCUCUGCGGUGCGGCACCUGGCGGCGACGCGGAGAGGGUCGACGCACGACAUGCACGCCUGGCGCUGUCUCGCCCUCAAACGCGGUCGCAAUGGACUGGGUGGGCCCGAGGACUUUGGCCUGGAGGAGGGGCAGGAGGACGACGGCGAAAAGCACGGCGGCCGCGAGAUUGCCAAGGCCAUCAAGGAGCUUGGCGCCACCGACGUCCUUGUCGUCGUCAGCCGUUGGUAUGGCGGCACGAUGCUGGGGCCGGUGCGCUUCCAGCACAUCUACAAGUGCGCUCAUGCCGCCCUAUCUCGGUAUCUGCUCGAUGAGGCUCUAGCGCCAAUGCGAGAGCAGCUCAAGGGUCUCGACGCCGCCAUUGCCGAUCUACGGGCGCGCCUGGGCACCUCGUCCUCGCAGCAACAGCAACAGCAGCAGCAGCCACCGGCAUCCAACAGCAGCAGCAGCACUGCCUAUGCUGACCUAGACCCCGGAAAGGCAGCGAGGCUGAUCAGUGCGCGGACAAAGACGAUUGAAUUGCUCGAAAAGCGACUAGCAGCGGCGAGAUGA